CGAAAAGGUGGCUCAGGGCAAGUUUGGAGUGAAAUCGGGCGAAGGAUUUUAUGUCUAUAAAAAAUAAAAAGUGCAAUUUAAAUAUAAAUCGGUUUCUUUCUAACAAAUUACGGAUUCAGCAAAAGGAAAUGAAUUCAGGUGCAUCGAUUGGGAUCGCGGUUUGUGCGCCACUUUCGAGCGCGCCUUUGUUUCCUCGCCCGCAUGCGGCACCAAAGUGUUAAAAACCCUUUUGCCUCACGCUCUCUCCAUCAUUCACAAUGAGAGGCUCAAACUGUCUGGUGCUCAUCCUCGCCCUGAGUGCCGCGGGGGUGGCUGGAGUGCCCCCGAACCACGCCCCCAACCACCGGGUUACCCCCAGCCCCAAGUUCCGGCCCUCACCCCGCUACGAACCGUACGAACCGCAAAUGUCGCGCUACGAACCGCCGCGACCCAGAUACGAGCCGCCCCCCUUCACGACCCCUUCGCCACCCCCUCCGACGGAACAGACGACGAUCGAGAGGGUGAGUGCGGCGGUGAGCACCCUGAGGAGGCUGGUGGACGUGGACCGGACGGCGGCGGCCACGACGCUGCACGAGGAGAAGGCGGAGGCGGCCAGCGGCCACCUGCCGCUGGUGCACGCGCUGCCGCAGUUGAUGUUGUUGCUGCAGCUGCUGAUGCACCUGCUGCACCAGGUGGUGCCGGUGCCGCCCCACCUGCACCCCUACCACCACUCGGGCGCCCACCUCUACCCCAAGCACCACCACCACGGCGGCCUCCUGCACCACAAGGCCGUCGGCGGCCCCUUCUACGGCCCCGGCCUCUACGGCGUCAGCGCCACCAACAACGUCCUCGGCAGGGGCCCCUUCCCCGCCUACAAGGUCGAGGACAACGCCAAAAAGUGAUCAUCAAGACCAAGAAGUCAAGACUAAGUUUCAAGUGCGUGACCAAAAAUUCAUUGAAAUCGGGACUAAAUUUUGAAUAAAGUUCAAAUUCUUUUGGCGGGAAAAGUUUAGACAAAUCUCUGAUUAGUCUUUAUUUAGAUGAGAUGUGAAUUUUUGAACUUAAUUUUAUCCUCAUGACUCAUAAAGUUUUGGUUCUCAAUUAAAAAAUGAAUAAAUAUAAAAAAACCAGUAGGAUCCUUUAAUUUAUAUAUUCAAUUGAGAAAUCAAGUCAUUGUUCAAAUUUGUUUCAAAUUUCUGUUAAAUUUAAAAUCACUUUGUGCCCAUUUUAAUUACGAAUGUAGGCAAAGGGACUACUUACGAAACCGGGUUUUUGUGUCCGCAAAUACGGGAAAAGUAAGAGUGGCCCGGAAUUCCUGUGUUGGCGAAAAAAUGCGGGAGGAAAGUCGCGAGAAAGAAAGUCGAGUGAAAUUGAACUGCAAUUAAAUGUGUGCAGCCCGCAUCGGAGAACAAAUCGCGUCGCUUUUGACAGUCGCUACGGGUGUGAAAAAUGGAAGAUGCGCGCCUGACACGGAUUUGUGUUUCUCCGACAGUGAAUGAAUGAGUGUCUUUGUGCAUCCCAAAUCAAACUUAACACUGCUUUGCAUGGCCCAUUUAUCUAUUUACAUACUUUCUCAUGCCUUAAAUAAUAAAAUACCAUUCCAAAUUACGAUA